AAAACUCCAGUGAUGAAGACGAACGAAGUGUUUCUGACCGUCCUGAACGAGAUUCAGAAUGAUCUGAUCCUCCUCAUACUGUCAGACCAGUGUUACCAGUGUUUGCCUCAGCCAAUGGGGACUGUACCAUCAGUUUCAGAACUGGGGAAUGUUUCAACAGUGAGCUUCACAGUGAGCACACAACAUGUACUCACACUCCAACUAAACAGCACACCGGCUAACACUGAGCACUGCAGUGACCGCGCCCUUCUUAAGGAGAGAGAGUGAGAGCAGAGGGACUCUCUCCACAACCAGACGGCUGAUGUGUGUGCGUGUGUCUGAGUGUGUGUUUGCAACUGAAAAGUGCAAAUAAAAGAGAGUUUUGUUAAAA